CAGGGAAAAGAACAAGAUGUCUGCAAGAUAAUAAGAGCCCUAAAUGAUUGCUUGGGUGCCCUACCCAGGGAAAAACUCCAGAAGGUGUCCCGGAUAGGAGUGUCUGGACAAAUGCAUGGUGUCGUCCUCUGGAAGUCAGGCCAAGGAUGUCACUGGAUAAACAGUGAAAACCAGCGAUUCUUUGAACCCGGAGAAGUCAGCCAUCUCAUUACCUGGGAGGAUGGUCGAUGUAGUACAGAAUUCCUGUCCUCUUUACCUCUGCCACAGUCCCACCUCAGCGUGGCAUCGGGCUUCGGUUGUGCUACAAUAUUCUGGUACUUAAAGAACAGACCAGACUUCCUCCAUGAAUAUGACGCAGCAGGGACAAUCCAGGAUUACGUUGUUUCUAUGCUGUGCGGGAUGAAGACACCUGUAAUGUCUGUUCAGAAUGCAGCUAGUUGGGGAUACUUUAACACCAGGACCAAAACUUGGAAUGUUGACAUAUUACAAGAACAAGGCUUUCCAGUUUCUCUGCUGCCUCCUGUUUUAGAUGCGGGGUGCAUAGCAGGAAAAUCUUCAUACGACUGGUGUGGAAUUCCACAAGGGACAGACGUUGGAGUGUCACUGGGAGACUUCCAAUGCUCUGUCUUUUCUUCUGCAACUGAAAGCACAGAUGCAGUCCUCAAUAUUAGCACUUCAGCCCAGCUGACGUUCUGUAUGCCGGAAGGAUUCCAGCCUGAAGACCACCCCACACCUGCAGAAGCUGUGACUUAUUUCCCAUACAUGAGCAAUCGGUACCUAGCAGUAGCUGCAUCCCUAAACGGUGGAAAUGUUUUUGCCUCCUUGGUCGGAAUGCUGGUCCAGUGGACAGCUGAGCUAGGUUUGGAACACAUCAGAUUCUACCAUAUAUUCCAAGCUGAUCAAUGCUGCUUUAUCUGAACAUGAGACCCAGCUCACAAUUUGUCCCACUUUGUUUGGUGAGAGGCAUGCUCCGGACAGAGUGGCUUCUGUGGCAAACAUCUCAACUGCCAAUCUGUCACUUGGUCAUGUGACUAGAGCUCUGUGCCGUGGGCUAAUUGAGAACAUUCAUUCCAUGCUGCCAUCCCAGAGGCUGAAGGAAGCUGGGAUUAAGCGCAUCAUUGGAAGUGGUAGUGCCUUGGCACGAAAUGCGGUGUUGCAGCAGGAAUUGGAAAGAGCGUUUUCUUUUCCUGUAGUGUAUGGAAAGGAUGUAGAUUCUGCUGUAGGUGCUGCUAUGAUCAUGAGGUAA